AUGUCUGGAUUAACUGGAACAUGGGAAUCAGAAAAAGUGCAUGGUUUCGAAUCUGUCGUUGAUCAAUUCGGUGUUGAUUGUGAAAUGAGAAAAUUGUUACUAACAGCUAAUCCAACAUAUACAUAUACACCAUUGGGAGAUGAUGGAAUGAAAGUUAGAGUUGAUUCAGAAAUUAGAAAUGCUGAAGUCUCCUUUAAAUUUGGUGAAGAAAUUGAUGAGAAAACAGUCCUUGGUACAGUGUGUAAAAGUAUGUAUAGAAAAGUAUCAGAUAAUGAAAUUGUUAAUACUCAGAGACAUCCGGAGGGAAUCAUUGAAAUUGAUCACAAGGUAGACGGGAAUAAGCUCUUAAUGACUGUCUGUGUUGCUGAUAAAAAGUGUUGUAGAACAUUCCAUCGUAAACAAUAA